CCAAAUGUUGCGAAUUCUCAUGCAAAGGACAUUUUGAAGACACUAUAAAAAAACCCUUUCCACCAACAUUGCUCUUCACACCAUAUCUCAUUUCUUUCGUUCAUUCGUUCAUUCGUUCAUUCGUUCCUUCGUUUUUGUUUUCUUUCCAUAACACUAACGUACCCAUGACGAUCCUUAUCGAACAGCCUCACUUCGAAGGGGAAGAUGAGAAGAAGGUUGGGAUUACAGAGCUGAAGGAAUUGGUGUUAGACGGGGGAUUUGUGGUACCAAAUGCGAAGACGGAGGGAUUUGCAGCACCGGAAAUGAAUGCGUUCGGGCAUUCGUUUAGAGAUUACGAAGCGGAAAGUGAGAGACAAAAGGGGGUUGAGGAGUUCUAUAGGCAGAAUCACAUUCAUCAAACUUAUGAAUUUGUGGAGAAGAUGAGAGAAGAGUAUAAGAAAAUGGAUAGAGAGGAAAUGAGCAUAUGGGAAUGUUGUGAGCUUCUAAACGACGUGGUGGAUGAUAGCGAUCCCGAUUUGGAUGAACCACAAAUUCAGCAUUUGUUGCAAACUGCUGAAGCAAUCAGGAAAGAUUAUCCUGAUGAAGAUUGGUUGCACUUGACUGCUUUAAUCCAUGAUCUUGGAAAAGUGCUUCUUCUUCCUAGCUUUGGUGGGCUUCCUCAAUGGGCUGUUGUAGGAGAUACACACCCUGUUGGAUGUGCUUUUGAUGAAUCCAUUGUUCACCACAAGUACUUCAAGGAGAAUCCAGAUUGGGAGAAUCCAACUUAUAGUACAAAAAAUGGAAUUUACUCUGAGGGCUGUGGACUCGAUAAUGUUAAAAUUUCAUGGGGCCAUGAUGACUAUAUGUAUUUGGUGGCCAAAGAGAAUGGUUCUACUUUACCUUCAGCUGGAUUGUUCAUAAUUAGAUACCACUCUUUCUAUCCUUUACAUAGAGCAGGAGCUUAUAAACAUCUAAUGAACGAGGAAGAUGCACAAAAUUUGAAGUGGCUCCAUAUAUUCAACAAGUAUGAUCUCUACAGUAAAAGCAAAGAACUUAUUGACGUAGAAAAAGUUAAACCAUAUUAUAUUUCCCUAAUUAACAAGUACUUCCCGGAAAAGCUCAGAUGGUGACCAAAUACAAUUAAAGAUUGCUACCGCCGGCGACGGAGGACACAUUUUUAAUACAUAAUAAAGUUCUUAGUUGUAUUUGUAUUUGUAUUUGUAUUUUUUUUUUUUUAAUCUUCAAUGAGUUUAUAUUAUUACUUUUUUCCCUA